AACUGCAAGUGCAUUGUGUUGCUGCUACAACUUACAAGUUAAAACUUAAAAGGUGAAAAAUAUUUCAAAAAAUUCUGAUUUCCGAUCGCGUUUGUUGUUUGUUGACACUAUACUAACAAAUGUGAAUUAAGGAUUAUUAACAGGGGAAAGCUGUCAAUAAGCUGAUUAUAUAGUCAGUUUGAAAUACCCACGAAAUGAAUAAACGAAAACAAUUCAAAGGUCCUCCACCAAAAAGGAUUAAAUCUAACGAUGACGAUGAAGAUGACAUUCCAGCAAGUUUUGAAGACCAACUGGCAGGUAUGGAAAGUGACUUUGACAGUCCUGAAAUAGUGGGAGAUGGACCUGAAAAUCAAAACACUAACAAUAAAUGGUCACGGCCUUAUCCACCAGAUAUGGAUCCAGGCACAACAUCAUUGAUUUUUCAGCAGUUUGAUAUUGAUCAUUAUAAUGGAAAACCUAUACCAGGUAUGCCAGGCUCACAACUGGCACCUGUACCAAUAAUGAGAAUGUAUGGUAUUACAAUGGAAGGAAAUUCUGUAUGUUGUCAUGUCCAUGGCUUUACUCCCUACUUUUAUGUAACCGUUCCUUUAAACUUUGAUAUAUCAUCUUGUCUAGAACUUAAGACAAACCUCAAUAAGGCUAUUUUAGAAGACUUGCGAAAUAAUAAAGAUAACAUCAGAGAAGCUGUUUUAGAGGUCAAAAUAGUAAAAGCAAAAUCUAUAAUGUAUUAUAAAGGAGAUAAUCAAACAAUGUAUGCUAAAGUGUCAGUAGCAUUGCCUAAACUAAUAGCAGCCGCUAAAAGACUAAUUGAAAGGCAACCAACAUCAUUUAGUUUGAGUGAUCCUUCUUUUUAUGAAACAAAUAUAGACUUUGAUAUCCGUUUCAUGGUUGAUACAUCAGUUGUAGGUUGCAAUUGGAUUGAGUUGCCAUCUACAAAGUGGUCAAUUAGAAGUAGAUUUGGUAAAUUACCACCUGAAUCCCGUUGUCAAAUUGAAGUUGAUGUGGCAUGGAAUAAUUUUAUUUCUCAUCAACCAGAAGGAGAGUGGUCAAAAGUUGCUCCUGUAAGGAUUUUAAGCUUUGAUAUUGAAUGUGCAGGAAGGAAAGGGGUUUUUCCUGAACCUGAAAAAGAUCCUGUUAUUCAAAUUGCUUCCAUGGUAAUUAGACAAGGAGAAAAUGAACCAUACCUAAGGAAUGUAUUUACAUUAAAUACUUGUGCCCCAAUAGUUGGGUCUCAAGUAUAUAGCUUUCAAUCAGAAUCAGAACUCUUGUCAAAAUGGUCAGAUUUUUUUAGAGAAUUAGAUCCAGAUAUAAUAACAGGAUAUAACAUUAGUAACUUUGAUUGGCCCUACUUAAUAAAUCGUGCAAAACAUCUUAAAGUAGCUAAUUUUGAAUAUUUAGGGCGUAUCCAAAAUAUUAGAUCAGUAAUAAAAGAUUCUGUGCUACAAUCUAGGCAAAUGGGUCGAAGAGAAAAUAAAUCCAUUAAUUUUGAAGGAAGAGUUCCAUUUGAUUUACUUCAAGUUCUUUUAAGAGAUUAUAAACUGAGAUCUUACACAUUAAAUUCUGUUAGUUACCAUUUUCUUCAAGAACAAAAAGAGGAUGUCCACCAUAGUAUAAUUACAGACUUACAAAAUGAAAAUGAACAAACUAGAAGAAGAUUAGCAAUGUAUUGUUUAAAGGAUGCUUAUUUGCCGAUUAAAUUGCUUAAUAAAUUAAUGUGUAUAAUUAAUUACAUGGAAAUGGCUAGAGUUACCGGUGUACCAUUAUUAUGUCUUUUAACAAGAGGGCAACAAAUAAAAGUUGUGAGCCAGCUUCUGCGCAAAGCUAAAGAUGCUGGAUAUUUAAUGCCAGCUUACCAUGGUCAGGGUUCUGACGAUCAGUUUGAAGGAGCAACUGUCAUAGAACCUAAAAAGGGAUAUUAUGCAGAUCCUAUAUCCACUUUAGAUUUUGCUUCACUGUAUCCUAGUAUAAUGAUGGCACAUAAUUUAUGUUAUACUACCUUAAUCUCUCCAAAUAUGCAAAAGGAAUUGAAUCUUGAUCCAGAAAAUAUUACUAUUACACCUCUAAAUAACAUGUUUGUUAAAUCUAACAUUAGGAAAGGUCUUCUACCAGAAAUUUUGGAGUCACUUUUGGCUGCAAGAAAAAAAGCAAAAGCAGAUUUAAAAAAAGAAACAGACCCUUUUAAAAGGUCUGUUCUAGAUGGGCGACAGUUGGCACUAAAGAUAAGUGCAAAUUCUGUGUAUGGAUUUACAGGUGCACAAGUUGGGAAACUACCUUGUCUUGAAAUAUCAGGAAGUGUUACUGCUUAUGGGCGAACUAUGAUUGAGUUCACUAAAACCGAAGUAGAAAAGAAGUAUACAAAAGCAAAUGGAUACAAGGAAGAUGCUGUUGUUAUUUAUGGAGACACAGAUUCUGUAAUGGUAAAGUUUGGAGUAAAAACAUUGGUAGAAAGUAUGGAAUUGGGAAAAGAAGCAGCUGAUUUUGUCAGUUCUAAAUUUGUAAAGCCAAUUAAGCUAGAAUUCGAGAAAGUCUAUUACCCUUAUCUACUAAUCAAUAAAAAAAGAUAUGCCGGUCUUUAUUUUACUAGGCCAGAAACUUACGACAAAAUGGAUUGUAAGGGUAUAGAAACUGUACGCAGAGAUAACUGCCCUCUAGUUUCAAAUAUGAUGAGCAUGUGCCUUCAAAAACUUCUGAUUGAUAGAGAUCCUGAUGGAGCUGUCUCAUAUGCUAAGCAAAUAAUUUCUGAUUUACUAUGUAACCGGAUUGAUAUAUCUCAACUUGUGAUUACAAAAGAACUUGCCAAAAAUGACUAUGCAGCAAAACAAGCUCAUGUAGAAUUAGCAAAUAAAAUGAAAAAACGAGAUGCUGGCACAGCACCAAAACUUGGAGAUAGAGUACCUUAUAUUAUAUGUUGUGCUGCAAAAAAUACACCAGCUUACAUGAAAGCAGAAGAUCCUAUAUUUGUAUUAGAAAAUAGUGUGCCCAUAGACUUUAGUUAUUAUUUAGAAAAUCAGCUAUCUAAGCCAUUAUUAAGAAUUUUUGAACCAAUACUAGGUGAAAAGGCUGAAUCACUACUAUUAAAAGGUGAACAUACAAGAACUAAAGCAAUGGUGACCUCUAAAGUUGGUGCAUUAGCUGCUUUUACAAGAAAAAAAGAAAAAUGUAUUGGAUGUAAAGUAGUUAUAUCAGAUGAUACAAAAGCCUUAUGUGAUCAUUGCUUGGAUAAGGAAGGCCAGCUUUACAUAAGUGAAAUGUUUAAAGUUAGGCAUCUUCAAGAAAAGUUUUCAAGACUUUGGACUGAAUGUCAAAGAUGUCAAGGCAGUCUACAUGAAGAGGUUUUGUGCACAAAUAGAGAUUGCACAAUAUUUUAUAUGAGGAAAAAAGUAGGUAUGGAACUAGAUACACAAGAAAAAAGAGUUUCGAGAUUUGGUGAACCCAUUUGGUAAUUAAUAUUCUAAUAAAAAUAUGCACUGUGUCAUAUUGAAAGAAAAAUAACAAAGUUUCUUUACUUUAAACUUUUAUUUCAACCAACUUUAACAAACAACAAAUAAUUUAAUAACUUAUUAGGAAUAAUCACAUAAUAGUGUUCAAGCGUUGAUUUUUAAUUUGACUUAUCAUAAUUAAUAUUAAAAAUAAUUUUU